UGUCAGAAAAGUCAGUCGACUCGUCCAGAAGGAAGGACUGGAAGAGACAGAAUUUAUCGUGCGGCGGAUUGUACCGGAUGAGGUCGUAGCGACUUGGAGCAGUGCGAGAUCAAAGAUCGGUAAUCACCGCUGGCCCACGUAAUCAUUUUGAUUAGCCCUUCCCUGCGGACAGGUCACCUCGCGUUCUCUCUAUCGGAGUACCCGUGUGAAACAGUCGUCCCUGUACGCGCUCUCUGCAUACCCGGAGCUACAUCUAAAUUUCAUCCCCUCGUGCGUGCGUGAGAGAGUGUGUGUCGUCUCGUGUGUGGACUCCGGAACAUCUGGCAGCGGUACAGACAAUGGAAUUUCUCAGGACCUGCGCCAUUUUGAUGACCUUGCUUCUAGGUUUGGAGGUGAAACGUUCGGCGGGAUGGUGGUUCUGUGGGACCAUGCGGCCGGGACACGAGCACACCAUCAAGCAGGGCAUGGGAGACUACGCGAUCACUCUCAACGCCGCUGUAACUCGGAAAGGGCUGCCGCUCCGUGUUAAAGUCACCCUGAAGGGCGGGGCCCCCUUCAUUGGAUUCAUCCUACAAGCGCGUACUGUGCAGGACGACCGGAUCGUCGAGGGGUGGUGGUACAACCGCCCGCCGGGGACCAAGGCGCUGGACUGCAGCGAAGUGCGCGGCAUCUGGAACAAGCCGGUGGUAAGCGAGGCUUUCCUGGACGAGAGUAAGUCCUUCUCGCGCGUCACGUUCCUCUGGGAGGCGACGCGGUGCAACAUCGGACCCGUGUACUUCCGCGCCACGGUCCUGCAGGACUACCGCGCCGUGUACGAGAACAUCACCUCCAGGACGCUGGAGGAGGUCUGCGGGGACCCCCCUCCCUACCCCCCGAGGGCUCCGCCACCAGCCCCCCUUACCACCCCAGCCCCAACCCAGCCACCCACCACGAAGACCACGCUCGGUUGGAGACCCAUCCCUACCGCCUCAACCCCCACCCCUACCCUAACCCCCAUCACCCUCCUGACGGAAACCUCUACCCUCCCCACCCCUAAGACGUCUCAAGACCUUCGCUUACAACCGCAGCCCCAACAGAACCACCGACCACAACGACACCGAUAA